GAUAGCCCUUACCGCGGCCUGUGUGCAGAAGCCAUUAUUCUUUUAUACAAGAAUGUGUGCUCCCCGCUUUAGCCUCGCACAUGCGUGAUAGAUUCGGACCGCAUAACAACAUUGUCCCCGAAAGUUCUCGAUAAAAGCUAACAUCGGAGAAACAAAUCAAAUAUAACAAAGAGAACGACUAAGCAAGGACAAAGUAAAAGAUUCCUUCGUGAAGGCGGUGACGAGGAACAGACCAAGAAUUGAUCGCGUAUCGAUAUCACACCAAUUCGUUUUUUCACGCAAAGACCGAAAAGAUGCCUAACAUUAAGCUGCAGAGUUCUGACGGUGAGGUGUUUGAGGUGGAUGUAGAAAUUGCAAAAUGUUCUGUCACUAUCAAGACAAUGCUAGAAGAUCUUGGUAUGGAUGAAGAUGAAGAAGAGGUUGUGCCUUUGCCAAAUGUUAAUUCAGCGAUUCUCAGGAAGGUUAUACAGUGGGCAACAUAUCACAAGGACGACCCACCUCCACCAGAGGACGACGAGAACAAAGAAAAGCGUACUGAUGAUAUCAGCUCUUGGGAUGCUGAUUUCUUGAAGGUGGAUCAAGGAACCCUCUUUGAACUGAUCUUGGCAGCCAAUUAUCUCGACAUUAAAGGACUCUUGGACGUGACUUGCAAAACUGUUGCUAAUAUGAUUAAGGGUAAGACACCAGAGGAGAUUCGCAAAACGUUCAAUAUCAAGAAUGAUUUUACCGCUUCGGAGGAGGAACAAGUGCGUAAGGAGAACGAGUGGUGCGAGGAGAAGUAGAUCUGGAUUUUGCAUAUUCACGGAAGUGCUCAAUAAUUCUUCCUCGGGUCAUUAGAUUUCGCAAUUGUCCUUUAUGUUACUGUAAUGAGAUUCUUCCAGAUUGUAAGUUUCUUUUGAGCGAGAUCUACUAAGUUGCUUUCAUCAAAAUCAAUUAGCAUUAUGCAAGCAACUUCUAACGCUCUCUUCUGCAUCACUUGUCGUAUAAAACCAGAAGGUUAUUUAUUGUAAUAAACAUAGAAUAAUAAUUGUGAGUUAAGAUUGCUGUUUUCUAGCAGCGAUCAUCUUGAUUAUCGAGAACGAGAAAGCAAAUAUCUGAAAAUAAAAAAAUAAUCGUAAAAUAAUAUUUGUGUAAUUAAUUGAAGCAGAUUUAUAGAAUAUUCCGAAAAUUUCCUUUUGCUUUAUGUAAUUAAAGGACUUCUAUCACAUGCAAUUAAAGAACUUAUAUCACAUUAUAUUAAUCUCAUAACUAUUUAAUGAUUAUAAUGUUUAACACUAUUUUCUCACGAGUACGAAUAUUUAUUUUCAACAUAUUUUUGCCGCUAAAUAUAAAUCCGUUUUUUAAAUCUGACUAUCACGUCACAAUUUUGAAAAAAAUAGAUUAAGACUUUGGUAAAAAUGACUAAAAACGACGAUUUUGAAGAAUCUCAUGACGUAGCAACAGUUUUUGUUCUAAAUUUCAUUAAUGCCAUGUUAAAUUAUGAACUUUAAGCGGCCGUCUAUAAUAUGCAGAGUAAGUUUAGCGUAAAUUGGAGUAAGAAAUAAAAAUAAUUUAUUUUGCUUAUGCCUAUGCUUUAACUCUCCUAAUCCUUGUCCACAAUCUUGUUUUAAGACAUAAGCCAUAAGAAAUUGACUAACUACAGUCGAUUAUUCUUCUAAAAAUCAACUAUAGUUCGUCAAUUUCUUACAGCUUACAUCUUAAAGCAAAGUUGUGGACAAGAACUUAUACCAGAAGUAUUCUUUUACUUAAGACAAAUAUUUCCAGUUCUGCAUAUUGUAGAUGACAUAUUGUAGAUCUAUUAAAGCUCCUGGAAACUCAUUGCAGUAUAUUGUGACAUCAGAAAUGAGAUGUUAAAUGACACGUUAAAAAUUCUUGUGUGCUAUACAUAUACAUUUCCAAGUAAAAAGAUACUUGUAUUAGAGAGAAUUCUUCAGAUCGCUUGAGCAUACUUGUAAAAUGUACCGAAAAUCAGUUUCUCUUGACAGACAAUAAAUAGCCGUAAAAUUAAUAUGAUGUUUCUCUUUGACUUACCUUUCCUUAUAAUUUUAUCGUGUUUAUUUUACGGCUAUUAUUCCUAAAAUUAUCUUUUUAUUUGGAAAUGACAUGUAAGAAUUUUGUGUUUUCUGACCUCUAACGAGGAAUUCUAAAUUUUAAAAUAUAUUCUUUUUCAUUUCUUUACCAUUCUUUCGUUUUGGAAAUAUAGCUAUUAAAUUCUUUUCCCCGUGUGAUAAAUAUAAAAAUCACUAUAUUAAUUUUAUACUGUGUGAAAAGUAAAAAAAGUACUUUUUUGUUACCUACAUAAUAUAACAUGAAAAAAAUUAAAUCACAAAAUUAAAAAAAUUUUGUAAAUUAAAUCAAAGAGCAAAAGCAUUAAUAAUAUAAAAAUGUUUGUAUAUUAUGUAAGUACAAAGUAUUUACUUUUCAUGGAAUGUAGUAUUAGAUAGAAUUAAAUGCUUUUUUAAUUUAUUAAAAAAGGAAAGAUCUAUUUUUAAAUAGCUAUAUCUCUAAAACGAAAAAUCGUACGGAAAUGAAAAAAUGUAUCUGUAAUAUAUAAUCUUAAAGCCUUCAAGUCCAUAUUUUUAAAGACAUUAAAAAAAGAUUUCUGCCACUGCUACAAUGUCAUGAAAUUCCUCAAAGUUGUCGUGUUUGGCCCUUUUUAUCUCGUUUUUCUCAAAAUUGUGACGUAAUAGGCAAAUUUGAAAGAUAAAUUUGUAUUUAGCAAACAAAAAUACAUCAUAAACAAUUAUUAAUGUAAUAAAAAAGAUCAAAAUUUAUCGGACAGUAUUGUUAAAGCAAAAGGAAAGUUUUCCGAAUAUUUUAUAAAAGUACUCAAGUGAUAAGUAUUAUUUUAUGGAUAUAUAUAUUUUAUUAGUUUAAUGUACUUUGCAAGAAUUUGGAGCAUAUAUUAUCUUAUUUCUGUUAUAUCAAUCAAGGUGACCGCAGUGAAGAAUCAGAAGUCUUAAUUUGUCAAAUGUGCUGAUAUACAUUAUGAAAUAACUGAAAAUCUUAUAUAAUAUGAAAUUUUCUGGUAUUACCUAAACUGUGCUAUGGAUGUGUACUUUCGUUUUCUUAUUCGCAAUGCUUCUAGCGUACUUAUACAUAAUUAGAUAACGGUUGCAAUUUUAUAUAGAGUAAACUAUAGCAAAUGUCAUUUAAAAGUCAAUUGUAUACACAAUUUAAGUGGGAAUUAAAUGUAAACCUUACAAACAUUA